AUGGAGCAGAUUACAGACAAAAAAGUUACGUAUAUUAGAAAUAAUUAUUUCCCCUCAGAUGAUGAAAAGAAACUCGUGGAAGAGGUUUUCAACAAUGCUAUUGACUGCUUGUCUGAUGAAGAUAAAAAACUUCCUCAGGUCGAACAUGUGCUACCUCUUUUAAAACGAGGAAUUGGAAUUCACCAUGGUGGUUUGCUUCCUAUUUUGAAAGAGACCAUUGAAAUUCUCUUCUCUGAAGGACUCCUGAAGGCAUUAUUCGCAACAGAGACCUUUGCUAUGGGCAUCAACAUGCCUGCAAGGACAGUUUUGUUCACCAGUGCCCGCAAAUUUGAUGGGAAAGAUUUCCGUUGGAUCUCUUCAGGGGAAUACAUUCAAAUGUCAGGUCGAGCUGGAAGACGUGGCAUGGAUGAAAGAGGAAUUGUUAUUCUUAUGGUAGACGAAAAGAUGAGUCCAACAGUUGGAAAACAACUUCUGAAGGGCUCAGCCGAUCCCCUUAAUAGUGCAUUUCAUCUGACCUAUAACAUGGUUUUAAACCUUCUUCGUGUUGAAGAGAUCAAUCCUGAAUACAUGUUGGAAAAAUCCUUCUACCAAUUCCAGAAUUACAAGGCAAUCCCAGGGGUGGUGGAAAAAGUGAAGGUAUUGGAAGGACAAUACAACGAAAUUGAAAUUCCCAAUGAAGAAAAUGUCGUUACUUACUACAAAAUAAGGCAGCAGCUGGCUAAACUGGGUAAAGAAAUUGAGGAGUAUGUACACAAACCAAAAUACUGCUUGCCAUUUCUUCAGCCAGGCAGACUCGUUAAGGUGAAAAAUGAUGACGAUGAUUUUGGUUGGGGAGUUGUUAUAAAUUUCAAUAAGAAAUCUAAUGUGAAGCCUAACACUGGAGAAUUGGACCCCUUGUAUGUGGUGGAGGUUUUGUUGCUUUGCAAUAAAGACAGUGUAAAACUUGCAGCAUCAGGAACAGCUAAACCAGCUAAACCAGGGGAGAAAGGAGAGAUGCAGGUUGUUCCCAUCCUACUUCAUUUAAUUACAGCCAUCAGUAGUGUGCGUCUAUAUAUUCCAAAAGAUCUGAGACCACUAGACAACAGGCAAAGUGUUUUGAAAUCGAUACAGGAAGUACAAAAGAGAUUUCCUGAUGGCAUACCUUUACUUGAUCCAAUUGAUGACAUGGGAAUCAAGGAUCAGGGACUGAAGAAAGUAAUACAGAAAAUAGAGGCUUUUGAGCACAGAAUGUAUUCACAUUCUAUGCAUAAUGACUCAAAUUUGGAAACUGUCUACAGACUUUGUGAGAGAAAAGCUCAGAUUGCUGGAGAAAUCAAAGCAGCGAAGCGAGAGCUGAAGAAAGCUCGAACAGUUUUGCAGAUGGAUGAACUGAAAUGCCGUAAACGAGUGAUCAGACGAUUAGGCUUUGCUACUUCAUCUGAUGUAAUUGAAAUGAAAGGACGAGUUGCUUGUGAAAUAAGCAGUGCGGAUGAACUACUUCUGACAGAAAUGAUGUUUAAUGGGAUCUUCAACGAUCUGGCAGCUGAGCAGGCUACAGCCUUACUGAGUUGCUUUGUAUUUCAGGAGAAGGCAAAUGAAAUGCCCAAACUGACAGAACAGCUAGCAGGCCCCUUACGACAGAUGCAGGAAUGUGCCAGGAGAAUAGCCAAAGUUUCAGCAGAAGCCAAACUGGAGGUCGAUGAGGAAAUGUACCUUGACUCAUUUCGCCCCCACUUAAUGGAUGUUGUGUUCACGUGGGCGAAUGGAGCUACUUUUGCUCAGAUCUGCAAAAUGACAGAGGUUUUUGAAGGGAGUAUAAUUCGCUGUAUGAGACGAUUGGAAGAACUUCUUCGGCAGAUGUGUCAAGCAGCAAAGGCCAUAGGAAACACAGAACUGGAAAAUAAAUUUGCAGAAGGCAUUACCAAGAUCAAAAGAGAUAUUGUGUUUGCUGCAAGUCUUUACUUGUAAUUUUGAAUAAGUAGCAGAAGUACUAUCGACUUUCAGGUUGAAAUCAAAAAACAUUUGUCAAAUGUCCAGCAGCAUUGAGGUACAUGAUUUUUAUGGAGAGAUGUCUCUGGUUAAGGAAUAAAUAGACAACGAAUGAGGAUUGGCAGACUGUAUAUUUUUUUAUUUUCCACUGCUUUUGUGUGUAGUUGAACUCAAGCACCAUCAAAGCAAGCUUCAACAGCUGAAACUGUACAUAACUGUUAUUUUAAUAAACAUUUUACAUUUUGCACUAA